AUGCCACCCAAACGCCUCGAGGAGCUGCUCAAGUACCUUCAAGAUGCCAAAACGCAGGAGAACAACCAGCCUCUGCAGUAUAAUAAAAACACUCACACUCGUCUAGUGGUCGAUCAGGACAACAAUUAUCACACUGCUAUUUCUACUGGUGAAAAUCCUAGGUCUCAGUCUUCGCGAGGAAAACAUCUGCACAAAGGCAAGAGAAGACCGCUUAACAGUUUCAUUGCAUUCAGAAGCUACUAUUCCGUUAUUUUCCCCGAACUCACUCAAAAGGCAAAAUCGGGCAUCCUUCGCUUCCUGUGGCAAAAUGACCCAUUCAAAGCCAAGUGGGCAAUUCUUGCCAAAGCCUACUCGAUUAUUCGUGAUGACCAUGAUACUGAUGCUAUGGGUUGGCAAUUAACUGUUGACGAUCAGCAGCAGUACACCAUGGCACGAGUUAGUUUGACAACCACAAACGAAGCCGAUACUUCCACCAACUACUCUGUUGAUGAUAUUGUUAACAAUUGUUAUGCCACUGGCUAUGUGUCUGAACAAAAACGCAAGAACAAAAGGCCCCGUAGUGGGAAUACUCCUGUUAUGGCUUUCGCUGCUCAACCAACUCUGGCUGCACAUGAAAACAACCACCUCCAGGUUUUAGGUAAUAAUUUAAUUGUGGCUGAAGAUAUCUCGCAAACCACCAGCAUGGAAUUGGCUACCCCAGAGCAACUUAAAGAUGUGCCUACUCCGAAUAGAAGCGACCUGAGUACAGUUGUCGGUGAAACUUCUCACAGUAAUGCUGCUGUGCCCAGUGUCUAUAAAAGUCCAGCUGAACAGGGGCUUGCAACAGGAAAUAUUUUCAACUUUGGAUGUGAAAAUUUGGAAAUUCCAGUUUUCAACGAAAAUACUUUGUUUUCCUAUGAGCCAUCAAUUCAGGCACCAAUGGUACAAUACGACCCUUUGUUUAUCGAUCCGUUUGAGGUUUUUGAAUUCGGUCACUUAGUCAACGCCUAA